GCCGUGGAAGGAACGUGUUCCACAAACAAACCGCCCUAACCUCAAUGCGAAGUGGCAGUGUUUGGAUGGUGAUUUUCUGGAGUUUACGCCAAAAUUCGCAGCCUCGCCAUGGAAUCUGACCAGGAAAGUGCCAGUACGAGUAAACAGGAGCCGUCGGCGAAGGAUUUCGAUGUGAAAGACAAGCCAGUGUGCCUGAUUGUCCUGGGAAUGGCCGGUUCCGGGAAGACAACCUUUGUGCAGAAGCUCACGCAAUUCGCCUACAAAGAUAAGAUGCCCUAUGUGAUAAAUCUGGACCCAGCCUGCAAGGAAGUCCCCUAUCCCGUCAACAUUGACGUCCGGGACACUGUGAAUUACAAAGCGGUAAUGAAGGAGUACAAGCUGGGCCCCAACGGAGGAAUCGUCACAGCAUUGAAUCUCUUCUCAACCAAGUUCGGCAAAGUCGUGGAUCUCAUCGCGAAGGCGGGAGAGAAGCACGACUUGUGUAUCAUAGACACUCCAGGACAGAUUGAAGUCUUCACGUGGUCGGCUUCCGGGACGAUUAUCACCGAGGCUCUGGCCACGUCCUUUCCCACAGUCAUUGCCUACAUCAUGGACGUGCCGCGGUCGACUAAUCCCACCACGUUCAUGUCCAACAUGCUGUACGCAUGCUCAAUUCUGUACAAAGCUCGACUGCCCUUUAUCAUUGUGAUGAACAAGAUCGAUGUGGAGGAUCACAGCUUUGCGCUGGAGUGGAUGCAGGACUUUGAGGUGUUCCAGGAGGCGCUGGAGCAACACAAAUCCUACGUAAGCACGCUUACCAGGACGAUGUCUCUCACUCUGGAUGAGUUUUACAGGGAUUUGAAAGCGUGCGGAGUGUCUUCCAAGACAGGAAUAGGAUUUGCACACUUCUUAGAUCUCAUCAGCGAAGCGGUCAAGGAAUACGAGAAGGAAUACAAGAAGGACUACAUUCGACUGCGUGAUGCGAAGCAGAAGGAAGAGCGGCAGCGUGAGAAGGACAAGUUGACCAGAGCAGCUGGAGAUGGUGAGGGUACAGAAGUUCAAUUGGGUCUCGUCACGCACGUGCCCAGCGGACGAGAACUCUCAGACAUUUACCUGAAACACCCAGGAAACGAAGAGUCUGACGACGACGAAGGCACAGAAGAAGCGACAGUUGGACCGACAGACGAAGAGGCGGAAGAGCAGAAUUUUACCAGCUUCGUUAGCAAGCACAAGGAGAUGCAGAAGGACAAACAGCAGAGCAUGAAUCAGUGA